AUGCAACAAACAAAUGAUGCCAGCUACGACGCAUCAAGUACUCUGAAGGGCGAAGCACCUGCUACUAAUCCACCUUCGUACGACUAUGCCACCGGAGCUUCAAGCUCCACAGAUGCUAAAGCGCGGGCAACGAACACAGACCAGCCCAAACCUGGCCCCGUUCCUAAGUAUACGGCAGCGCCAGAUCCCUCAUUCUCUCCCGCCGGAGACAAUUUGCACCACUACCAACAUGCCACUGGUCAUGUCAUCAGCACGCCUCUACCUCCAGACCAUCCCGAGAUGAUCUGCUUGCAAGAGGGUCGGCAUAUCAGUGCAUCUCGCUUUGGGAUUCUCGGUAUUCUCGCUGCAGUAUUCUGGUUCCCGCUUGGUAUUGGCUUGUGCUUGCUAGACCGCCGCGUUGUCUGCAGGCGCUGUGGGCGAAUCAUUGAUGAUGGAAUUUCAUGCUAA